UUUCUAAAAUCUCACCCUACAGCUAAUAGCAAUGGUGCGUGCCCAAUGGGGUUUAAUUUUACGUGCAUGUCAAUCGAUUAAAUAGGUAGUAGAUGGGAGUUGCCUUGUCUCGUGAUCACAACAGUUGUCACGCAAUUUUGACUAAGGAUGUCUAGCUCUGCUCUAGUCUUGACUCUGCCCUAAAGAAAAUAUCAUAUCAGGCAAGACGGCUUAUCGACUUUACGGAAAUGACUUAAUGACAUUUAUUCAUACAAGGAUGUCAAAGGAGGUGAAUACACAGAAGCAGUGAGAUGUCUGCUGAUGACAAAUUGUCCUCCUGGUCCUCUACACUGGGGUCUGGUGUGGAGCCCCCAGUAUCACCUGGCACCCCAUCCCACCUGACACACUUCAAACCCCUGACUCCAGAGCAGGACGAGCCCCCGCUCCGGUCAGCCUACAGCUCUUUUGUCAACCUGUUUCGUUUCAACAAAGAGGAGGGGCGGCCACCUUCAGUGAUUGAGAAACCGGACGUGGCUGUGAAGUCACCCGCUGGGGAGCGCAGAACCUGGACCAGCCCGGCACACUCCGUCCAUGGCCUGGGCUCCCAUCGGAAACAACACCCCGACCUCCUACGCAGGACCUCCACUGCUUCGGUGGACUGGCCAUUAUGGCCUGGUGAGGAGGGUCGUAGGAAAUCAGAAACCCCAUUAGGAACUCAUGACCCCCGUACUGCUGUUCAGCUUCGCACCGCCCUGAAGCGUCUGAAGGAGAUCAUGGAGGGGAAGAGCCAGGACAGUGACCUGAAGCAGUACUGGAUGCCGGACAGCCAGUGUAAGGAGUGCUACGACUGCAACGAGAAGUUCACCACCUUCCGCCGCCGCCACCAUUGCCGGCUGUGCGGCCAGAUCUUCUGCAGCCGCUGCUGCAACCAGGAAAUCCCUGGCAAGUUCAUGGGCUACACGGGAGACCUGCGGGCCUGCACAUACUGUCGCAAGAUCGCCCUGAGUUACGCCCACUCGGCGGACUCCGGCUCCAUAGGGGAGGACCUGUCUGCCCUCUCCGACUCCUCCCCCUGCUCCAUCUGCGUCCUGGAACCCAGCGAGCCCCGAACCCCGGUCGGAGGUCGCAAGGCCAGCCGGAACAUCUUCCUAGAAGAGGACCUGGCCUGGCAGAGAGUUGAAGAAACAGUGGAGAGUGACACUCCUCAUCCCCCAUACCCUCCCCUCUCCAUGUCCUGUCCUGUCUCUCCUGGCCCACUCCACUCUUCUCCCCCCCCGUCCGCCUGUCUUCCUUUCCUCCCCCUCUACACUGGAAAAACUCCCAUUGGGAUGAGAAAGAAUUUAAUUCACCAGGAGGCCCAGAACAGCGGCAUGAAUUCUAGACUGACACUGCAGGAGGAUGGAGGCAAGUCACCGAUAAGGAAGCGCGCGGUCCUAUCCAGGUCCACCAGCGUGACCAAUCUGUCCCUGGACCGGUCUGGCUCUUCCAUGGUGCCCCCUUAUGACAGCUCGGUGAGCCCCCAGAUCAGCCGGGCCCUGCCCAAACCGGACCACAGCGAAGAGGAGAGGAAGAUUCUGCUGGAUUCAUCUCAGCUGAAGGACCUUUGGAAGAAGAUUUGUCACAACGGUACUGGAAUGGAGUUCCAGGACCACCGCUAUUGGCUCCGUACAUACCCCAACUGCAUUGUGGGUAAGGAGCUGGUCAACUGGCUGCUGACGAGUGGAACCAUCUGUACCAGAGCUCAGGCGAUAGCCAUUGGUCAGGCUCUGGUGGAUGGUCGUUGGUUGGAUUGUGUCACUCACCAUGACCAGCUAUUCAGGGAUGAGUAUGCGCUCUAUCGCCCCCUCCAGAACACAGAGUUCUCUGAGACUCCAUCUCCUGACAGCGACAGUGUCAACUCUCUGGAGGGACACUCCGAGCCGUCCUGGUUCAAAGACAUCAAGUUUGACGACAGCGAUACAGACCAGGUUGCAGACGACAAUGACUACGUCAUACCUAGCACACCCAACUCGUCCAGCCCCAGUAAGAGGACGUCAGUCAGCAGUUUCCAGUCAGCGGUGGACAGUGAUUCUGCUGCAUCCAUCAAUCUCAAUGUGGAGCAGGAUAACGUCAACUUCCACAUCAAGAAACAGUCCAAGUACCCCCAUGUACCCCCACCCCCAACGGAGCAGAAAGAGUACCUGGUCUCAGAGGAUGGAGGAGAGAAUAUCUCCAUUAGUGACGCUUUCAUCAAAGAGUCCCUGUUUAACCGGCGUGUGGAGGAGAAGGCUAAAGAGAUGCUGUUCACUCCUUUGGGCUGGCACCACAGCUCCCUGGACCAGCUGAGAGAGGAGAAUGGAGAAAAGAAGGCCAUGGAGAGGCUGCUCUCUGCCAACCACAGCCACAUGAUGGCGCUGUUGCAGCAACUGCUGUACAGCGAGUCCCUGUCCCUCUCCUGGAGGGACAUCAUCGUUCCCGUGGUGAGACAGGUGGUUCAGACGGUGAGGCCGGACGUCCGCAGCUGUGAUGACGACAUGGACAUCAGGCAGCUGGUCCACGUCAAAAAGAUUCCCGGCGGGAAGAAGUUUGACUCGACGGUAGUGAACGGCUUUGUCUGCACCAAGAACAUUGCCCACAAAAAGAUGAACUCGUACAUAAAAAACCCCAAGAUCCUGCUGCUGAAGUGUUCUAUAGAGUAUCUGUACAGAGAGGAGACCAAGUUCACGUGCAUUGACCCCAUUGUGCUUCAGGAGCGUGAGUUUCUGAAGAACUACGUUCAGCGUAUCGCGGACGUGCGACCAAACCUUGUGCUAGUGGAGAAGACCGUGUCUCGGAUCGCUCAGGACAUGUUGCUGGAACACGGGAUCACGUUGGUGAUCAACGUCAAACCACAAGUCUUGGACAGGGUGAGUCGUAUGACCCAAGGGGACCUCGUCAUGUCUAUGGAUCAGCUUCUCACCAAGCCUCGCCUGGGAACCUGCCAGAAGUUCUACCUACACUCUUUCCAGCUGACUAACAAUGAGUCGAAGACUCUCAUGUUCUUCGAGGGCUGCCCUCCUCAGCUAGGCUGUACCAUAAAGCUGCGCGGGGCGUCUGAGUACGAGCUUGCCCGGGUUAAAGAGAUCAUCAUCUUCAUGGUGUGUGUGGCCUACCACUCCCAGCUGGAGAUAUCCUUUCUCAUGGAUGAGUUUGCCAUGCCACCCAGCCUGGCCAAGACCAGCUCCUUCCCCUGCCUCCUGGAGAGCACUACUGUGGAGGAGGAGGAGGAGGAGAGCCAGGAAGGAGAGACCCAGGAAGGAGAGACUGUGCUGGAGGAGAAAGAAGAAGCGGAGAAGAGCUCCCUUGGGAUCUCGGUGUUGGAAUCCUCAUCGCCAAAGGAUGUCGAGGAAGUCGCUAGAACCCACCUCCUGUCCUCAUCCUCACCAGGGGACCAGGUGGUGGAGUCUGCAGAGGUCAUGACCUCCACACCUUUGUCCAAUUACCGGUCGCCUCCACCUCCCGUGUCCCCACCCUACCUCAUCGAUGACCUGGAGGAGUUGUCCAGCGAGGUCGGGCCGGGGAAGGGGGAGACUGAGGGAGGGAGUGGGUCAGGGAUCCUGGGGAGGGGUGAGUCUCGGGAGGAAAGCUCAGGUUCAGAGACGCCCCCCAGGCUUUUCAGAGACCCCCUGCAGGAUGACACCGGGCUGUUUGUCACAGAGCAGGUGGCCUCGACGGAUGACCGUCUCAAGACACUGACCGCAGGCUUCAAACAGGAGCUCAAGGACAUGAUCCUGUGUAUCUCCCCGUUCAUCACCUUCAAGGAGCCUUUCCUCCUCACGCCUGCUGGUCUGCAUUGCCCCAGCAGGGACUACUUUCCUGAACAGGUGUAUCUCUCCCCGCUGCUCAACAAGGACUUCAAAGAACUAGACGGGCGACGGAAGCGCCAGCUCCUCAAAGACUCCGCCCCGGCGGGCGGAGGCAUCGCCAACGGAGCCCCACCCCCUCGCCCCAUCGAGGUGUUACCCUCCCACUGCCUUACCAGCGCCCGCAUCGCCGAGCAGCUCAGCGCCAGCCAGGAACUGGCCAACAUGCUGGCCGACUACCGCGCCCAGGGGGGGCGCAUCCGACAGAAGGAGGCAGACCCUUUCGCCCAGCCCCCGGUCCGGGAGGCCCCGCCGUCCAAACACCCCGUCAAGGCUGACGGCGAGGAGGAGAGGCUGGCGGGACAGAACGACUCGACCUGGGCCUCCAAGGUGAGACACAGCAAGCUGGACUGCCUGAACCCAGUCAACCACCAAAGACUGUGUGUCCUGUUCAGCAGCUCCUCCGCCCAGUCCAACAACGCCCCCAACCCCUGUGUCAGCCCCUGGAUCGUCACAAUGGAGUUCUAUGGGAAGAAUGACCUCACGCUAGGAAUAUUUCUGGAAAGAUACUGUUUCAGGCCGUCCUAUCAGUGCCCCAGUAUUUUCUGUGAGACUCCCAUGGUGCACCACGUGCGGCGGUUCGUGCACGGCAGCGGCUGCGUUCAGAUUGUUCUGAAGGAGCUGGACUCUCCAGUGCCUGGAUACCAGCACACCAUCCUCAACUAUUCCUGGUGCCGCAUAUGCAAACAGGUGACGCCCGUGGUGCCCCUGUCCAAUGACUCGUGGUCCAUGUCCUUCGCCAAGUACCUGGAGCUGAGGUUCUACGGUCACCACUACACCAGGAGGGCCAACGCGGAACCCUGCGGACACUCCAUCCACAAGGACUACCACCAGUACUUCUCCUACAACCAGAUGGUGGCCUCGUUCAGCUAUAUCUCAGUGAGACUGCUGGAGAUCUGCCUCCCUCCUCCUAAGAUCUUCAUCCGGAACCAGGGACCCUCCAAGGGCAGCCUGCAGCAGGACCUCAAGGACUUCUCACAGAAGGUGACUCAGGUGUACCUGGCUAUAGACGAUCGUCUCACCUCCCUGAAGACGGACACCUUCAGUAAGACACGCGAGGAGAAGAUGGAGGACCUGUUUGCACAGAAAGACAUGGAGGAGGCAGAGCUACGCAGCUGGAUUGAGAAGCUUCAGGCUCGUCUCCAGGCCUUUGGUAGCGACUCUCCUCAACAGCUCCAGACUGUCCUUGAAUCAGUGGUAGUGAAGAAACAGAGCCUGUGUGAAACACUGCAGUCGUGGAACACCAGACUGCAGGACCUGUUCCAGCAGGAGAAAGGCAGGAAACGUAUAUCUGUCCCAGCCAGUCCCGGGAGGCACAGACCGACCGAAGACAGCAAGACAAGUGCUCUGGAGUCCUCACCACGCAACCCCUCCCCCAUGGUACAGAACGGUGACAAAGAGGACCGUUACCUCACUGCGUUGCCCUCCAGCUCUGGAUCGUCAUCCCUGACGUUGCCGUCGCCCGGGGAUACGGGUUCAGAACCCCUCUCAUCUGGACCCUCAUUUCCUGACCAGGACUCUGUCAGCAUCUCAGAGGAUGUGUUCGACGGCCACCUGUUGGCCUCUAGUGACAGCCAGGUGAAAGAGAAGUCCACCAUGAAGGCCAUCCUGGCCAACCUGUUGCCUGGCAACAGCUACAACCCCAUCCCAUUCCCAUUCCUGAAUCCCAGUGCUGACAGUUUUGACCGGUCAGUUCAUCCACACCCCAGUGACCCAGACAAGCACUACCUGAUGUACGAGCAUGAGAGAGUCCCUAUCGCCGUGUGUGAACGAGAACCCAGCUCCAUCAUCGCGUUCGCUCUCAGUUGUAAGGAGUACAAGACGGCGCUGGAUGAGCUGUCGAAGGUCACGGUGAAGACGGGAGGCGAGGACACCCCACAGACCAUCAGCUCUGGAGAGAGCCGGGCCAAGAACAGCCCAGCCAAGCCCAACGAGACCGCCUCCUCCCAGAUGGGUCUGGGCCGCAGCAGCUUGGAGUCUGACCCUCUCAAGGACGUAGAUAUAGGAGACAAGCAUAAGAAAUCGUCAGGAAACCCGCACAUCGAAUUACAGUUCUCUGACGCCAACGCCAAGUUCUACUGCAGGAUCUACUACGCGGAGGAGUUCCACAAGAUGAGGGCGGAGAUCAUGGAGAGCACGGAGGACGACUUUGUCCGCUCGCUCUCCCACUGCGUCAACUGGCAGGCCCGUGGGGGGAAGUCCGGGGCUGUCUUCUACGCCACGGAAGAUGACCGGUUCAUUCUGAAACAGAUGCCCAGGCUAGAGGUCCAGUCCUUCUUGGAUUUCGCCCCUCACUACUUCACCUACAUUACCGGAGCUGUUCAGCAGAAGCGGCCCACUGCCCUGGCUAAAAUCCUGGGUGUGUACCGGAUCGGCUACAAGAACUCCCAGAACAACUCUGAAAAGAAGCUCGACCUGCUAGUCAUGGAGAACCUGUUCUAUGGCAGAAAGAUGGCCCAGGUGUUUGACCUCAAGGGUUCCCUGAGGAACCGAAACGUUAAGACUGAUUCUGGGAAGGAGAGUUGUGAGGUGGUUCUCCUGGAUGAGAACCUACUGAAGCUAGUCCAUGACAACCCCCUGUACAUCAGAGCCCACUGCAAAGCCAUCCUCAGAGCUGCCAUACACAGUGAUGCCUACUUCCUGUCUAGUCACCUGAUCAUAGACUACUCUCUGCUGGUUGGACGAGAUGACACCACAGACCAGCUGGUGUUGGGCAUUAUAGAUUACAUUCGGACGUUCACGUGGGACAAGAAGCUGGAGAUGGUGGUGAAAUCCUCAGGGAUCCUUGGAGGGCAAGGUAAGAUGCCCACCGUCGUCUCUCCGGAGCUGUACCGUGCCCGUUUCUGUGAAGCCAUGGACAAAUAUUUCCUCAUGGUCCCUGACCACUGGACAGGUCUAGGGGUCAACUGCUGACCUGGAAAACCAGGAAGCCUCACUCAUGUCUCGGUUGUCUUGCCCGUUCCCAUGUCAUUGUCACAUCUUGUUUAGUGAGACAGCAUUAAUGAAUCUUGGAACGGCUACCUGAAAGCUGCUAGAUACCGAAAACAAUACGGGCAUGAGUUACCACAAACCUGGUAGCUACAGAAAACAUGGGCAUCAUUUACCAGUGUGGAGAAGAUAGGAAUACAGACAAAUGGCUAGCUCAAUAGAGAAAAGCACACUGGAUCAUUCCAUAAUGAUUAAAAUAACCCAGCAGUAUGUACAACAAAAAGACCUGAUACUAGACAAACUGUGGAUGAGUUACUUGUCUUCACAAAUUUCUUUUGGAAUUAUCAGCAAACAAAUAUUUAUUCCUGUCUAGGAAAAACUGGGACUUAAUUAAUUCAAGAUUUUAAUCCUGGCCUGGAAACUAAUAUAAAAAAAAAACUCCUGUCCCUAAUUCUGAACUUUUCUUGAAAGGAGAUCAUGUUGAACUGUUUCACAAGACAGUGAGAUAGCAUGUAAAAAUAAAAAUCUUACCUGGUCUUAGUUUGGAAAACAAACUAAUCAAUGUGAUGUAAACAUUUUGUAAAUGUACAGAGAUGUAAUUAAAUAUUAUUAACACUGA